AUGUCCCCCCUUCCCGAAAGGCUUCUGCGGCUGUCGAUCGCACAUUACAAGAAGCCAAAUAUCUCUGAUGAAGAAUUUCACCGCUGGGCAACCGAGGAACAUUGUGUUCGAGCAGCCGCGAUACAUGCCAAGCAUGGUGUGCGGACUUUUGACAUGUUGUUCAGUUUGAAGCCGGCGCGAGACCAGGUUCAAGAGCUGAAUGAACGCCUUGGGGGCAAAUGGACUGUCGACAACCACGACGUCGUUGUCGAAUUUUACGUGCGCGACUUGGCGGCAGUGGAAGGCAUCAUCAACGACCCUGACUUUCAGAAAUUACAGUCGGAAGAAGCUCCAUGGAUCGAUGCGGAGAGAGUCCCGAUUGGAGCAAGCUUAGGCUGGGUUGAGGUUUAUGCGGAGCAGGGCAAGGUUGUGAACGUUACGAAGGAUGAGAAGCCUGCCUACGGGAAGCUGGAUUUGGGCGUGGGUAACGACGUCUUCCAAACCCGAGACGAUCACCCUAGUUUACAGACAAGAUGGUCCACAUACAACGUGUGGUCCGGUACACUACAUGCUAGGCACGGAGUACCACAAUAUUACCAGUUCUUCAACCCCCACCGCGCCCAUUCCGCCACCAAGGAGUUGAACACACACAUGGGAGGCAAGUGGAUCAUAGGCAACCACGAUGUACAGGUGGAGUUCUACUUGCGUGAUCUCGCGCAGCUCACAGUAGUUCCUGAAGACCCUGAGUUCAAAGCCUUGCAGGAAGAGGAGGCCCACUCGUCAGCGGAGAGAAUAUUCUUGGGGUGGGUCGAAGCGUAUGUGCAAGACAAGAUGGCCCCGGCCAGGUUGUCAAUGUGGGUUUUGAUGGAAAAACGUUAUUACUCCAUAAACAUGCAUUAA